AUGAGUAAAGAGCUUGAAAAUUCAGUGGUGUUAAUAAACUCUACUGAUUCUCAGGGAGCUUUAGCGCACUGGUUUAUAUCCUGCUCAUCCUUUAUCGGGUCAUUAUUUGCUAAUGGAUUUUAUGUUGUUUCGAAAGUGAUUCAAUUUGUGUUCCUUGGGAUGACUUCUGCUGCAAUAAGUUAUAUUUCCUAUUCUGGUGCAUCAUUUUAUUUAUUGGCUUUAUGUGGAGCUCUCCUACCCCUUCUCACGCAUCUUAUUCUUAAAAGUCGUGUGUUCUCAGCUUAUUCCCUUUUGAAGCGCGAUAUAGAUGAUGAUAUGUUUGCCAAAAACAGGCAGAUGAUCGAGGAUAAUGAGGCAAUUUUUAUGAAUACAUCUGAGGAUAAACGCAGGUCUGGGUUUGCAUCCUACCUUGACGAAUUUCUGAGUGCUAUCAAAAUCUUUGGAAAUCUCGAUAAGUUGGUGUUCCAUGAACUUACUAAAUCGAUGAGAACCCAGCGUCUAGAACAGGAUGAAGUUAUGCUGCUUGAUGACUCUGUUGGGUUUUCAAUUGUUGUGGAAGGGACUUUGCAGAUUUAUCAUAAGAUUGCUACACCUCACGAAAACAGCAACAGCCAUAAUGGCGCGAAGCCUGUAACAGAUGACUACCAGUAUGAGACCACAGACGAUGAUCUAAGAGUUAACGGUGAAAGAUUCCAAUUGUUAAACAAGGUCACAGCGGGAAACCAUGUCUCUUCCCUUGUAAGCAUCCUUAAACUUUUCACAGAUAACCAGGCCCCUAUGACGGAGACAAAUGGCCUAGGAGCCAAAAGUCCAUCGACUGAGUGUAUUGUAGAUACUUCCUUUCGGCCCUCUGUUUUCCCGUUCUUGGAUUCCCUACAGGAACCGCAGAACGUAGACAUAGCUUUAACCAAGGCGUAUCAAAAAUAUGACGUUUCACUUCAGAAUAUGCCCAAUGCCCCAACCCCAUCCUAUUCACCUGUACCCAGACACAUCGAUGAUUCUCCAAUUUCUAAUCAUAGUAUAGUUGAAAAAAGUUCUGAAUCUCUUCCGGAAAUUGUUGCAUAUGCUUCUACAGACUGCACAGUUGCAGUGAUCCCCGCCAGUGCGUUUAAGCGGCUAAUGGUAAAAUACCCUCGGUCUGCCUCCCAUAUUAUUCAAAUGAUUCUCACAGAGUUGUAUCGUGUCACUUUCCAAACAGCCCAUUCUUACUUAGGGUUGACUAAGGAGAUUAUGUACACAGAGGUAUUAUUGAAUAGGCGUGUUAAUUUUGAGUUGCCGUAUUACUUGCAGGAUGCGCUAUUGAAGAGUAUACAAAGGAAAUCAAACGAGUUACCUUCUCAAGAAAAUAUUCACAGACAUCAGAGAGGUAGUGCAAGGAAUAUCUCUCAGGGGUCCACCAAGGGUUCUCGUCAUAUUGCCCUUGAAUCCAGAGACCAAUUUAACCCUGGCGAUUUGUUAUCUAACGUUCCUUUAUCACGGAAGGACUUCAGCUGCCGUACUACAAAUGCUUCUUCAGGUUUAUCUAGGGCGCAGAAAUACUCAAAGGAUAAUAGUAGCACCAAUAUAACUUUACAUCAAGGAGAACCACACAAUUCUAAUAGCCAUCAUCCUUCAAUCUCAUCUCCGUCAACAUUGAGUACAAAAACCUCAAAAAUAAACUUAAAUGAGAAUCCCAAUUCCUAUUCCUUUUCUGCAGCAGAAGAAACCGAGGAAUCUGCUUGGAGAAUGGCACUUGUUGAAAGCAUAUUUGGUUAUUUGGGUAUUACGAACGAAAAUAUCAUGCCCCCAAAUGAGGAUAGUUUCCUAGUGAAGCACAGAAGGACUUCAAGCGCAUCGUUGUGUUCAUCCUUCGCAUCUGUAUCCCAAACAAAAUCAUUAAAUCAAGAAGUCUUCAAGUGUUUAUCUCCGGAGAAAGUCAAGAUUAGAAAGAAGGCCCAACGUGCCAAAUAUGCUGAAAAGGAACCACUAAACCUAGACUUUAAUUCUGCCAAGGUCGAAUUUGCUCAAGGUUUGGAAACGAUGUUUAUUUCGAGCGGAACUAUUUUGUUGGAACAAAAUGCUAAUAGUAAAGGGUUGUAUUAUAUCGUAUCAGGUGAAUUAGAGGUUUGCUCCAAAGCUGAGGAAGACCUUGUUGAGCAUGUUCUUUACACAGUAAAACCUGGUGGUAUUGCAGGAUAUUUAGCAGCUGUAAUAGGUUUUAAAUCCUUUGUUUCAUUGAGGGCUAAAACAGACUUAUAUGUUGGGUUCGUGGCACUAGGAGUGCUAGAAAAACUUUGCGACAAAUAUUUCAUGAUUUAUUUGAGAAUUGCAGAAACGUUGACCAACCUUCUAAGUCCUAAAAUACUAAAAUUGGACUAUGCAUUGGAAUGGGUACACUUAGAAGCUUCUGAAACGCUAUUUAAACAGAAUGAUCCAGCAAACGCAAUUUAUGUGGUGUUAAAUGGCAGGCUCAGACAAUUACAUCAAAGAACUAAGACUCAAGAACCAUUGGAAGAAAAACUUUCAUCUUUGAGGAGAAAGAAGACAAGAAAGGAAUUAAACAAGAGGCAUGUACAGGUUAUUGGUGAGUAUUCUCAGGGUUGUAGCUUUGGUGAGGUUGAAGUUAUAACAGCAGUGAAUCGGUUAUCCACCGUUGUUGCUGUAAGAGACACGGAACUAGCACGUAUUCCAAGGACGUUGUUUGAAGUGCUUGCUUUAGAACAUCCCUCAAUAAUGAUUCGCGUCAGCAGGCUUGUGGCGCGUAAUAUAUUGCAGAAACAUUCUGAUAGUGAUGAACCCACAAAAAUUAUGAAUAAUGCGAAUGGGUACCGAUAUGAUUUUAAUCUAAUGAUUCCAUCCUCUGUUAGCAGCUCAAGCUGGGGCAGUGACAGCUUUAGUUGGGCAAUAAAUUACAAGACUAUCACUAUUUUACCUAUCACGCAAGGGCUACCAGUGGAAGAGUUUGCCACAAAACUGGUUUCAGCUUUCAAACAAGUAGGAAGGACUACUAUCGGAUUGACUCAAAGUACCACACUUUCUCAUUUAGGUAGACAUGCUUUUGAUAAGUUGGCUAACUUGAAACAAUCUGGCUAUUUUACUCAACUUGAAGAACUCUACGAGGUCGUUGUGUAUAUUGCAGACACCCCUAUAAAUUCUUCUUGGACCUCAACAUGUAUUUCUCAAGGAGACUGCAUUUUGCUUCUAGCAGACGCUACUAGUGAACCUGACAUUGGUGAAUACGAACGUCUGCUAUUGAAGAACAAGACAACUGCAAGGACGGAGUUGUUACUUUUGCAUCCGGAGCGGUAUGUUGAACCUGGUUUGACUCAUAAAUGGCUUCGUAAUAGAAUGUGGGUUCAUCAACACCAUCAUAUGCAGUUUGUCAGUUCUCAAAAACAUUCAGAGAGAUCGGAGCCAAAGUCCGGCGUGAAUUUUUUGAACCCUGCAUCUGUAUUUAUGGAGAGACUUCGCCAAAAGGAGCGCUUAAACCAAUUGACGAAGAAAACCCAAGAAAACUUCGUAAAAUUAUUGCCGGACUCGAUCAAGAGCACUAUGGAAAAUAUUUCUCUGAAAUAUAUUCAAAGGAAACAGAAGUAUUACACCCCUGUUUAUGCUCAUAAAAAUGACUUUCUAAGGCUAGCACGGAUUUUAUCUGGCCAAGCUAUAGGCUUAGUGCUAGGUGGGGGUGGUGCUCGUGGGAUUAGUCAUUUGGGUGUCCUAAAAGCCAUCGAAGAACAUGGCAUCCCAAUCGAUAUGAUUGGUGGUACUUCAAUUGGAUCCUUUGUUGGUGGAUUGUAUGCUAAAGAUUAUGAUUUGGUUCCCAUCUAUGGAAGGGUGAAGAAGUUUGCUGGCAGAAUUGGAUCUUUAUGGAGAAUGUUAAGCGAUAUGACAUGGCCCGUCACUUCUUACACAACCGGCCACGAAUUUAACCGUGGUAUCUGGAAAUCAUUUGGUGAUAUUAGAAUUGAGGAUUUUUGGAUCCAAUAUUACUGUAAUUCAACAAACAUUACAGAAUCGGUCCAGGAAAUUCAUAGUUCUGGUUAUGCAUGGAGGUAUAUCCGUGCUUCCAUGUCCUUAGCCGGAAUAUUGCCUCCAUUGACUGAUAAUGGCAGUAUGUUGCUUGAUGGAGGUUAUCUAGAUAAUCUUCCAGUUUCCGAAAUGAAAUCUCGUGGAUGUAAAACCAUAUUUGCUGUGGACGUGGGAUCUGUAGAUGAUAGAACGCCGAUGGAAUAUGGAGAUUCCCUUAAUGGCUUCUGGAUAUUGUUUAAUCGUUGGAACCCAUUUUCCAAACAUCCAAAUAUUCCUAACAUGGCAGAAAUUCAAAUGAGGCUUGGAUAUGUAGCCUCUGUAAAUGCUCUAGAGAAGGCUAAAAGUACUCCAGGAGUCAUUUAUUUCCGUCCUCCAAUUGAACCCUACGCAACUUUAGAUUUCGCGAAAUUUGAAGAAAUAUAUCAAGUGGGUGCUGCAUAUGGUCGUAUGUUCUUCCAAGAGCUAGAGAAAACGGGUAAUAUGCCCAAAAUCCCAGGUAAUGAGCCUUUCUCUGCACAGGGAAUGCAUCUGCAACAUAGACGUAACAGUAUCUAA